UCGAUUUUUUCGGAAAAUCGUUUGUAAAUUGUUGAAAAAUUGCUGAGAAUUCACGAUAAUAAGCAAUACAGAGAAAAAUCUUGGCUAUUCAGUCAAAUAUUUGCAGAGAAAGUCUUAUCGACUGUCGGCAGCGAUUGAUCGCGUAUGAAAAUUCACCUUUCGCAGUCUCGAAUUCGGAGUGAAAUCGAGUGCCCGGUUGUUAACAAUGAGUGACGGAAAGGAGAAUGAUGUGUCCUGGGCAUUAAAAAUUCUAGAAAGAGAGCCUGAUUACAUCGAGAGUGUCUGGACGAGGUAUUUUCAUCAAGGAUGGUGUACCAUAUUCGGAGUUUUGAUUCCAAUAUCCGGGAAUUACAUGUUCAAGAGACCACUGUGGGCAGGAAUUCAAUCUCACAUUACCCUGGGAAUCAUUGGCUUAGGGGUUGGAACGUAUUUGAGGGGACGUGAGAUAAGAAUUCUUGGAGAAAGGGAUGCUCUCCUGAGAGACUACAUUAUUCGCCAUCCUGAAGAUUUCCCACCUCCUGACCGCAAGAAAUGGGGCGAAGUGCUAGCUCACUGGGUGCCAAUGCGUUAGAUCAAGUGUAAAUUUUUUUAUUAGAAUAUUAUGAUUAAUGUAAUGUCCAGCUCUGUACAUUUGAGUAUGCGAUUGAACAGACGGAGAGAUCCCCUGUGAAUGAAGCCGGAGAAAAUACAAUAUUAUGCGAAAA